UUAUUACGUGAACAAUAUUUCAUUUUUUCAUGAAUUUAUUAUUGGGUACUUAUUUCUCAAUUAUAAAAAAAUCAAUAAACAGACUAUAGAAAAUGACACCCCUCACUAUGUAAUCGCCACCGGUACUAACCACUGUUACCUGACAAAGUAUUCGUAUUUUCAAUAAAUGUAUCAUUUAUAUGGCAAUCACAGUAAUCUGUAUUUCACUGUGAAAUCUCUGUUGUAUUAUAUAACUCUAUCACCCAAAAUAUAGAAAUAAAUCAUUAGAUAAAGUGCUAAAGUAAGAAGUAUGAUAGAAGAAUUAUUUAUGUUAUUUUAUUAUAAAUAGAAUCGUAUAGCUACCAUUACUCGUAACGUAAUUAAUAGUCAUAAUCUAAUUAUUCCAUAAUUAUUUACACAGAAUUUUUUUGUUGCUCUUAUCAUAGGCCGGUUACCGGCUGAGGUCGGCGUCUUUAACACUUAUUUAACUUUUACUAGAUGAUACUGAUUACAAUAUAUUUUGUGAAUAACGCUAUAGGUCAGCAAACGAAAUAUUUUAGUUGCAAUAGGAUCAAAUUCAUAAGUGGCAAUGAAGUGCUUAUUGCAUAAAUUUACCAUCACUUUUAUAUUUAAUCGUAUGUUGAUCUAUUGGGCGACAGAUGAUGCAGUGUAGUUGAUAGCCGUCGCUACUGGUCUUUUUCAGUAAUCUUUUGUCAAUGGUUGUGAUCAUCUUAUAUCUAUGUGGAAUUAUGUAUUGUACAAUGUAGUGAACAUAAAUUUUUUAUAUUAUGCUAAUUUAAUUGUUAGAAUUUUUUAAUAACCUGAAUCACAAUCUUAGGAAAAUUAUUAUUUUGUGGUAAAAUAAUCGUCAAAUGUUUAUUUAAAAACGCUUAUUAUAAAACUAGUCUUCCAUUUAAUACUUAAUACAAAACGUUUAUUAAGUGUUAACCCCACUAAAAGAUAUAUAUAAAAAAAAGGUUAUCAUUUUCUUGCGUUUUAAGUAAUGGGUGCUAAAGUUUCCAGAAGCGAUUUUGAAUGGACUUUCACAGAAGAACCACACGCGUCAAGAAGAAAAGAAAUAUUAGAAAAACAUCCAGAAAUUAAAACCCUUUAUGGUCCAGAUAGAAAUUUUAAAUGGAUUGUAAUAAUAACUACAAUCCUACAGUUAUUGUCAUUUUAUUUCAUUAAAGAUUUACAAUGGUUUUAUGUGAUAUUAUUAGCAUAUUGUUUUGGAGGUGUUGUAAAUCAUUCUUUAAUGCUAGCUAUACAUGAAAUUGCUCACAACAUGGGAUUUGGCCCAAAGUAUCCUUUGAAAAAUAAAACUUUAGGUAUGUUUGCAAAUUUACCGAUAGGUUUACCUUUUUCUGUCACAUUCAAACACUAUCAUCUCGAACAUCACAGAUAUCAAGGAGAUGAAAAAUUGGAUACAGAUAUACCUACAUAUUUAGAAGCAAAGUUAUUCAGUUCUACAUUUGGUAAAUUUGUGUGGGUAUUGUUGCAGCCAUUCUUUUAUGCUUUUAGACCUAUGUUUACAUAUCCAAAAAAUCCUACUGCACUUGAAAUUAUCAGCGUGUUUAUACAAUUGUUAUUUGACUACUGGGUAUAUUCAAAUUUAGGUAUUAAAGUUCUAACCUACAUGCUAGGAGGUUCUUUAAUGGCAAUGGGCCUACAUCCAGUGGCUGGACAUUUUAUAUCUGAACAUUAUAUGUUUCACAAAGGGUUUGAAACAUACUCUUAUUAUGGUCCAUUAAAUUAUAUUACAUUCAAUGUUGGAUACCAUAAUGAACAUCAUGAUUUUCCAUUUGUUCCUGGGUCAAAACUUCCUUUGGUAAAAAAAAUUGCACCAGAAUUUUAUGAUGAUUUACCACAACAUCAUUCAUGGUCAAGUGUGCUGUAUGAUUUUAUAAUGGAUCCAAAUAUAGGACCUUAUGCAAGGAUGAAACGUAAACAUCAAGGUUUAAAGUCUUAAAAUCUGUUAUAUAAUUAUUUUUAAAAAUGAAGCUUUAAUAACAUAUCUUAUUAUUUAUAUCUUGAAUUAUUGUUAUUAUUAAGUUUAUUUAGAGUAAUUUAUCGUUAGUCUGAUCGAGUUUUAUACCAUUAAUCUUAGUGCAUUGUAUUCUUGAAGUCUGUUAGAUUACUUAAUUGAAACCAAUUGUGAUUAGUAUAUGAAGAAGUGAUGUUGUUUGCCAAUUAUUAUUAUUGACUACUUAGAAACUUGUCUACUUAACUUUUUUACUUAACGUCAAUACAAUUUUUGAAAAAUUAAGUAUUAUAUUUAUUUAAAAAUUUUAUAUUAUUCUCAUUAAGAAAGUAUUUUAAUUUAUUUUCUUAAAUUUAUUAUUAAGUAUUAUAUUUUAUUAGUAUCAUUUUGAUAACUAACGUUUUUUUACUG